GAUGAAUCCUAUAUGCGCGGUCGUUCUCUUGACCAUGAUCCUGUGCGCCGUGCUGCACCUCGCGGUGGAAGCGCCAUGCCUUCUCCUCCGGAAGAAAGGACGUCCUACAGCGUGAAGGUCUCCCGCCAAGCACCAGCAACAGAGCAGAACCAGUUGUUGCAGGACCCUCCCCUACCAAUAACUGCACCGCAAUGGGAACACGAAGCCUGGGUGAAACGCAACGGGCCGAAGCUGCCACAGCGUGUUGCAGCUUUGACAGGAGCCGGCAGUAUGCGGCAGUCAUCGGGUGCGGGGGACGACAACCCGUUUGUCGUCCGCGGGACUCCUCCAACUUCCUCUUCCCGUUCGAAGGAGCGGUACACCGAGAGUCCUAAAGCAGCCGAAGCGGCGCUCGACCCCGGCGCACAUCAUCUGAGUCGCCGAGCUUCUAGCUCUCAACGUGCUUCCAGUCUACCGGUGGAAAUGCCUUCAUCUGGAAAAUCGACGCCUUCAGUGAAGACGCCGGUACGAGGCUCGACUGUGCCAACAACACUCCCCAGCCAGAAACUCUCCCCUGUCGGCAUGGCAUGGGAUGCUGUUCCGGCUUUGAAAUCCCCCCCGCUGACCGGCUCUAGAUCAAGAGCCUUGGGUCCGCAUCGUCACGACUCUCUGCGGGACAGCAAUCCCGUCACCCCGAACCGCCAACGCAGUGGAUCCACUUCUGAAGUAUCUCCUGCUCCAGCAGGCACGGUGAAAGGCAGGGGCGAAGCGUGGACCGCGCACAAAUAUUCCUUCCCUCAUCAGCAAUCGCCGUAUGGCAAAUCCAAGGACAGUGGCACACCGUUGCUAUCGAAUUCCGUCGAUCGUAAAGUCAUCAAACCCCCUGAAGACUCUGCUCUAUUCAACAGCAGUCCUGGCGAUCUUGUCAAGAUGCCCCAAAUGCCCUUUGGAGCUGCAGCACCGCAAGAUCCAAACUACUGGCGCCUGCCAUCCUAUGAGCGACCCGUGCAACUUCAAAUGCCGCCUCCCAGAUACGGAUCAUCCAGGCUGCGAGCUGUUCACCUCCCAGCUAACUACAUGACAUCUUUCCUUGAAGGAAUUGCCGGCAACCGAAGGGCUGGUCUCGAAACGGUUGCUCUUUUACUUGGAGUUCUGGACAAAGUAAAAGAUUGUUACUGUAUCACUACUCUUCUUUUUUCCCCUCAAUCUUCUCAUCCUCAACAAGCUCGUAUCACUGACGAGGAGGUGGUCGUGGAUUACUGUGAGAGAUUGGGUGCAGAAGUGGUGGGAGUAGAUGCAUUGGAGUUUUGCGGGCCCUAAGAGCGCUGUGAAUUCGUUCACUGGCUCUGAUCUACAUAUGCUCUAUCGAUACCAAAGCGUUAUUCCUGAGACCAUCGGAGUUGCAGUGACGACCCGCCCCGAAGAUGCGGGCAAGGCAGUGCAUCUUAUGCGUGCUCUCAGUGCACAGGCAAUGCAAGACAUUGCUCACUGCAACGAUGACACGCCAUAUCACUUCCACGGCGAAGUGCACGAGGUUUUCGAGUCCCGUCCGCGUGGCAAUCUCAUCCAUGUAGCUGUUGACGACAGGUUGCUGCUUCACGUGGAAGAUCUGCGCACAUGAUAUCCAUCAGUCAUGAUACCAAUUCCUCUCAGUCUCACAGAAGCUCGUGGACACUUAGGUCGAACAA